AUGGGAAACUGGAAGAAAAUACAGAUUCCUGGUUCAAGUGGGAAUCAGUUUUACGCUCCUGGUCCGAAUCCAUCUGUGUUUGGAAGAAAUUUGACGAAAGAUCAACUUGGUGGUGUUAUAUUUGGUUGCAAGAAUGCUACCAUCAAAGAAUGCUUAACCAAACAACUCUUUGGAUUACCGGCUGCGCAUUUCUCUUACGUGAAGCAUAUUCAACCUGGGUUGCCUCUGUUUUUGUUUAACUAUACUGAUAGGAUGCUUCAUGGAGUUUUCGAGGCGGCUGGUAAUGGAAGAAUGAAUAUAGAUCGUUAUGGAUGGACCGGUGACGGCAAAGAAAUGACACAGUUUCCUGCUCAGGUGCAAAUCCGAGUUCAAUUGCAUUGCCGGCCACUGUCUGAAGAUAAAUUUAGACAUGCAAUUGCUGAUAACUACUACCAUCAUAACCAUUUCUGGUUUGAGCUGGAUCAUGGACAAACAACUCAGUUGAUUGCCUUACUUCAACCCCAGCCUCAACCCACAACAUCGUGGCCUCACCCACGGCAACCUCCAUCUCCGACAACCACCGUGCCGCUGCAACCAACACUCUUCCAUCGCUGCUGUUUCAUUUUUGUUCUCUUGUUUGUAACAUUGUUUGAUUUUAAUCUUGGCCUUGCAGAUUAA